AAGUGCACAUCAGCUGAGCGCAGCGGUGACACACACACAGACGGGUUGACACCUCAAGUAAUGUAGGGACGUGAGGCAGUGGCUCGGUGUGCGUUUGACGUCUUUGUAAUGAACUGACUCUUUCGCUGUGGAAGUUCACUGGGGACAAUGCCUCUGUUUCCGGUUGUGUCAGAGAAUCAUGGUCAUGUGUUGGCAGAGUUUGACUGCCUCGAUCCACUUCUGUCUGCACUUCGUUUAGACUCUGGCAGACUCAAGUGCACCUGUUUGGCAGUGUCCAGGAUGCUUGCAAUAGGAACAUCAGCAGGAGGGCUGCACAUAAUUCAGAGGGAAGGCUGUAAACAGAGGCUCAUCCUAACUCACAAGGAGGGAUCUAUCAUUCAGGUGGCAUGGUGCCCUAACGAUGAAGAUGUCAUCGCUGUUGCAACUAAUCAGGGUCUGGUGGUGGUAUGGGACCUACAGCUUGAGCGGCGGGGUCGUCCAGAGAGAGUCGGUGUGUCUUGGGAGCACAGGGGACAGACCAUCACUGCUCUUUGCUGGGACACCAUCACACUGAGAGUGUUCAUUGGGGACAAAGGAGGCAAGGUGUCAUUUCUCCGUGCAGGCUCUUCUAAACUAGGCAAAGGGUCAGCGUUCAUUAUGUUUCCUGUUCAACCCAUCACAACUGUUGACUCCAAAGUAGUUCAGCUUGGGUACCAUGAUGGUCGCCUGCUUGUGUCUUCCCUUCGCCGUUGUUACCUUUAUGACACAGAGAGAGAGUUCUGGCGUGUUGGAACAAAACGUGAAGGAGAGUAUGGAGCUUGUUUUUUCCCCCAGGGCAAGGGUGUAACAGGUCAGCCUCUGUUGUACUGUGCCCGUCCUGGGUCUCGUAUAUGGGAGGCCAGUUUUAAUGGUGAAGUUCUGAGUACCCAUCAGUUCAAACAACUCCUCGCCUGCCCUCCUGUGCCUCUCAUCACGUACAGAAAUGAACCAUGUUACAGUGGAGAACAGAUGGCCCCUCAGUCACUUGCUUUCCAAAAACUGCUUUGUUUCGGAGACCAAAACUUGCUGACCUGGACGGAUUUUGCUGUUUAUAUCUUUACACCUCAGAAUGGCCAACUCCUUUUGACUGAGGUCAAAGAUUUGGUCGAUAUUGCAGUCUCUCGCGGUGAGCUCUUCUGUCUCCAUAGCAAUGGGCAUCUGUCCCACCUGUCCCUGUUGUCUCCAGACCGCUGUGUUGAGCGCCUUCUUCGAAGGGAGUCCUGGCUUCUGGCUGCUGCUGUCUGUUGUAUGUUCCAGCACACCAUAACCCCAGCAAGAGCCAGGAAAUCAAUUCCUAUAGACCGUCUUGAACACCUGAGGGCACAGCUCAAUUCGAGCACGCAUCCUGAUCUGACUGGACAGUUGGAAGAAAUAAUCUCAAAGGUCGAGCCUGUGGACUCUGCCUCCAGCAGCCGCAGAAGCAGCAUCUCCUCUCAUGAGAGCUUCAGUGUCCUGGAUUGUGGAAUCUAUCGUGUUAUUAGCCGCAGAGGAAGCCAGUCGGGAGAGACAUGUUCGCUCAUCAAUCAGUCAAUGUCGGAGGAGGAGCGACUCAGAUUCAUCUUAAUGCAAGAUGAAGAUCCAGGGGAUCAUGAUCACAGAGUAGUGAGCGUCUGGAAGUUGGACCGAUCUGAGCAAGGCAUACCGUUCCAUCUUCCCCGUCGUCUUUCCGGCCAAAAACCGCCCCGCAUCGCACUGCAGGCUGUCAAGACUAGUGUUUCUAGCUUUGUUAAGAAGACGACUGAAAAGAUCAACACCAUUCAGAUGAAUACUGACCUUUGGCCGCGACCAGACUUCAGAGAGGUUGAUCAGGCAGAAAUGGUUGCUGCCACGACUACAUCCUCAGAGAAAAUUCCAAAUGAGGUUUUUGCUGAACUGCCAAGCCCAGAGGUCGACAUGCAAGAACUCCGAUUGGCAACAGAGCAAGCCAUGUCAGAGAUUCAAGAUCCUUUGGUGCUCCUGGAUCCAGUUUGCCUGAGAACCUUGCUGGAGUGGCUGACUGUGCUUGUAAAAAUUCUUGGCCCUGAGGAGCUCAGGUCAGCUGCUGCAGGUCUUUCAAGUUCUGGUCCAGAAGAAGCAGUGUGGGAGGGAGAUUAUCUAAGCACCUGUACAGAACAAACAGUGGAGUCUUCCUCCUCAUCUGGAGAACUGACAGACAGUGUUACAGAGCAGAGGAAAGAAGAGCUCUUAGAAUUGGAGAAAAAGAGAGCCGAACUUCCUGGAAGAUUCAAAUGGGUCCCUCUAGAACCUCUGCGAAUCCAUCCCCCCAAGUCUAUACCGUCAGAUCUCCUAACAAGUCUCACCCAGCUGGCUACACUAUAUGUAGAGCUGAGCUGCUUCGGAAGCCAGGCAGAUGAGCAAGCAGUGAAGUGCUCCACCUUCCUACGCCGCUACUUCUUUCUGCUCGACCACGAGCGAGUGAGAAGAAUGUGUCUGUUCUGUUAUCACGAGCAUCCUGAAGUGCAAAGCUCCUUCAGAGAGGCCAUGCUAGAUCUUACCCAGGACAGUAAGGUGGUGGAGGUGAUUCAGAGAGGAGAUUUGCUGAAAUCACUACACAGCUUGAGAGAGCUGCAGCCCUGGACAGCACCUUUUCUCAUCGCUCAUUUACACAGGUUAUAUGAGAAACAUGGAGAGGCAGCUGUACGUUCAUUUUCCCAGUUCUAUCCUGUAAUAACACCAGCCGAUGUAUUCACCAUGGCUCAGCAAAGCCACUUCUUAGCAUACCUUGAUAAUCUGGUCCAGUCACAAGCUGAGGAGAACAGGUUGUCAUUUUUGGGGUCGCUUCUUGAACCAGAAUCACUGCAUCAGGAUUGGCUGGAACUGGCACUGACCCAUGAUGCUCCUCAUCAUUACGACACCCUUACUCCUGAUGGACAACCCAGGUGGCAUUCACAUUGUUUUAGUUGGGGCUAUGGACGCCUCCUGUCUCUGCUGAUUCGCCUUCCAUCAGACUUGUCCUCAAAGCAAAAGAUGGCAGAAACUUGUCGCAGUCACGGCUACUGGAUUGGAUACCUUUACCUCUGCCGUGAGCUUCAACAUCGCAAAGAGGCAUUCUCUACCAUCUGUCAGCUGGAUGACAUCACCCUACUAGAAGAACCUUAUGGUGUUGAGCCUCAGACCUUGGAUGAGUGGAAGCUCCUGAUCCAGUUGUCUCAGCAGUGUAACAGCGAGGUAGAGCAAGUUACAGGUGUGAAUGGGAACGGGCUGACAAACGGCUCAGCAGAUUGUGAUCAAAAGGUCAACCCUGAGAACCUGACUCUGAGACUGGCUCAAACAGCCGGUCCUGACCGUGCACUGGCUGUGUUGGAAGAGUGCGGUGUGCAGAUGCCACUUUCACCAAACUCCAGACUGGUUUGUGAGCUGCUUAGAGUAGCAGAGAAAGGCAAAGGUGGGGCAGUGAUCCAGGUGAUGCUUGAGCGCUGUGAUCGAUUCCUUUGGUCGCAGCAUGCCUAACUCAGUGUCCUCCAUCAGCAUAGCAGAACUGUCUAUGUAAGUGUCUCUAACUGUUGUGUGAGCUGUAGCUUGAAUAAUUUGCUGUAAUAUUUAUCUGAAAUUCAUAAUGUAUCUUCUCAGUGAACACAGUAUUAUUUUUGGCUGCUGAUGGACAUUGUUGGGAGUAUUGUUUGUAUUUUUUUUAUUGUGAUUUAUUUGGAUUUAUAUCAGUGCUGUAUAGAGUUUGGUCGCUUUUCGAUUUUUGCUAUUGUAUUUAUAUGCUUAUUUUUGUGUACAGGAACUAGAAUUUGCUCAUAUUUGUGAAUUAAGAAACACAAACAUAUCACUAUCCUGUUAUAAGAAAAAAAAACUGUGAAUUAAAUGCACAUAUUCUUAGGGUGAAAUGUACUAGCCUGUUAUGAUAUCAAUAAAGUGUGUGUGUGUGUAUAUAAUGCCUGUCAAAUUCCAGAAAUUGCUGAUAUUACCUAUUAAAGGCUCCUAACAAAAAAAGGGGGGGGGGGGUAAUAAUUGGGGGACCUUUGGCUACAUUUACGGUAUUACCUUAAGAACCAGUUCCUUCUGAUUUUAAAGAACAGGGGGAAAACUUCUAAAGAAUUAAUAAAGGUUUCUGUAGCAACAUUUUUAAUCUCAAGUCAGGUUCUUCCUUAGGACCCAUCU